AUGACAAUCCCAAAAGAGAGCCCGACAGCCAAUCUACAAAAGAAGAUUGACAUCACCACGGCGCUGCAAUACGGAACCGUCGAGGGCCUGCCUCCCCUGGCCGAGUUUAUCCGACAAUUUACCCGCGAGCAUCUGCAUCCCAACGUGCCUUACGCCAACGGCCCCGAUACCCUCCUGACCUGCGGAUCCACCGAUGGCUUCUCCAAGGCCGUCGAAGCGUUCACCAAUAUCUGGGAUCCGGACCGCGACUGGCUCCCGCAUCGCGAGGGCAUUCUCUGCGAGGAGUUCGUGUACAUGAACGCCGUGGCUACCGUCAAGCCGCGUGGUCUCAAUGUGGCGCCGGUCGCGAUCGACGCGCAGGGUAUGCUGGCGCACGGUAGGGGGGGAUUGGCCGACGUGCUCAGGAACUGGGAUAAUCGGAAAGGGCGCCGGCCGCAUCUUCUAUACACGAUCACGUAA